AGUGGUGAAUUUGUUAAAAGCUAAACAACUGUCAGUGAGAACCACGAAUUUGGAAAAUUGUUUUUUGCAAUUAUUUUAAAACUCUUUUAAAAACAUGUCACGCAAGGAAGCGCUUUCACAAUUUAUAAACCAAAUACAUGGACGUCCUGUAGUGGUUAAAUUAAAUAGCGGCGUUGAUUAUCGUGGUGUGCUGGCGUGCCUGGAUGGCUAUAUGAAUAUUGCCCUCGAUCAAACGGAGGAGUAUGUUAAUGGUCAGUUGAAAAAUAAGUACGGCGAUGCAUUUAUACGUGGUAACAAUGUGCUCUAUAUUUCCACGCAAAAGCGUCGAGUAUGAGACAUUUAAUUGAAAAAAUAAUAAUUGUACGAAACAAUAAUGAAAAUAAUUUUUGUACUUUAAUAAUAC